CGCGAGUGAGAUGUUGAUGGUACGAGUGAAGAGUGGGAAGAUAACGACAAACUUGGUGGUUGAGUAAGUGAGGUUACUAGUGAAGGUACAGUGUGUCUCACUCACCUUCCCGGACACCAACACACACACUCAACAACACUUCCCCGCUCUUACUUGUGAAUUCUGAGUGAGCAGUGAUCAGAGCGUCGCCAACUACCGCUGGUAGUGAGCGGCUUCACUAAUUAACACUUCCCACAUCUUUAACACUUCUUGAAGAGCCUCUCAGGAUGAGUUACGAAAGUUCACCGGAGUACGACCCUAGACUACCCCAUGGGAGUUCAACGGGAUAUAACCCUGGACCAUCGCAUGAAAGUAAGCCUAGUCAGGAUCCACCCCCAUACGACUCAAAACUUUAUGAACACAAACCUAGCCAGCAACCAGCACUCUACACCAAUCAACCACCGUAUGAUCACAAACCUUAUCAGUCUGCACCACAGAACAACCACGGAGCGUCUAAUUUUCCCCAGCAUGACCAGCUCCCACCACCAUACAACCCAGGACCCCUCAAUGGACCACCACCGUCACCGUCAGGCUUCCAACAACCACCCAAUGUAAUACAGAUACAACCCUUCAACACUGUUCCAGCUCCUGUUGUGGUGGUUGCUCCUGGCACCUGUCCAGCUUGUCGGGUUGGCGUGCUUGAGAACACCUUUACGGGUUGUGGCAUCUGUCUGGCCAUCAUCUGUUUUCCUAUAGGGCUCGUUUGUUGCUUCUUGAUGCGAGAUCGUGCGUGUUCAAACUGCGGCGCAAAGUUCUCGUAGACCUCCUCUCAGACAACCGUAUGAGGAGUGAAUAUGUUGGUUGUUAUGAAGUAAUGGUAUUUAUCUUGAGCUCAAGUUAAGCUCAAGCGUAAGACAAUGUUGGUUACUAAGAGAAAAGACGAAAGGGUUGGAUAGCAGCUUCAGAACUUGUUUACCUCCUCCAGUGCAAGCUCCUGACGAAGCAUAGAGAAAGGGAGAAAGGUCUGGAUCUGCUAUCCAAACCUCCCUUUGUGGCUAUGUUGUUACAUAAACACCCAUGUGUGUGUGUGAGAGAGAGAGAGAGAGGAGAGAGAAUUUCAUGUUUAUAACCAUGUGUGGGUUACUGCGUCUCAUCAACAGCUGUUCAUUUGUACACGUCUUUUCGAACAUUGACACCCAAGAGACGAU